GCCGCCGGCCGGGGCGGGUGUUCGGCUUGUCAGGCCUGGCCGCCCGCCCCGCUCGGCGCACACAGCCGGGGCUGCGCCGUUGCUAUGUACCGCCUGGCGCGCCUGGGCCCGCUGCGGCCGCCGGCCGCCCCGCGCAGCCCCCCGCUCGCCGCCGCCCCCCGCGCCUUGCGCUGCGGCCCCCGCCUCGCCUGGUCUGGCCUCAGCCCGCCGCUGCCGCUCGUAACGCUGCGAGCUGCCGCCGGCAGCUCCGCCAAGGAUGCAGGUGGACCCCCAAAAAGGGCAGCCACAGAUCUCAGUGGUGAAAACAAGAAACUCAACAAAUCCCAGCAACUGAAACAAGUUUUUAAAGAGUAUGGUGCUGUAGGGGUUUCAUUCCAUGUUGGAAUUUCAUUAGUAUCUCUAGGAAUCUUCUACCUGGCUGUGUCAAGUGGUGUGGAUAUGACUGCCGUUCUCUUCAAACUUGGUUUCAGUGAAUCAUCAUUGCAAUCUAAAAUGGCUGCUGGUACAAGCACAUUUGUGCUGGCAUAUGCUAUUCACAAAUUGUUUGCUCCAGUACGAAUCAGCAUUACUAUAGUUUCUGUGCCAUUUAUUGUCCGAUACUGCCGGAAGAUUGGUUUCUUCAAACCUCCUGCCCCAAAUCCAUGAUGACUUCCUAUUGGGUUUCACUCUAUUUUUUUAAAUGCUCUGUAUCUAUGUAAUUUUCAAGUUGCUAAAUUUCUUUAAAAGACUUAUUUGGAUUCAUGUUAAUGCUGGCCUCCACUUGCAUUUCUUACUUGUUGAUUCAGGUAAAUCUUACACUGUGAAGAGAGCUGUCCUUAUCUUCUUCCCCUUUUGCCACUUCUGUAAAAAAACCUGUUACAAUGGUAUCUUGUUUCCACUGCAAGUGGUAAUAUAAAUGCUUGACAAUGAGCAGUCUCUUUAGAACACACAGUUCUGGGUCUUUAUAAUCUAGCUUUUUGGGCCUUCAGGGUUUUGGUUUUUUUCUUGUCAAAAUAGAGUGGCAGAAUUAUUUUAUUACUGUGUAGGGGAAAACAGAGGAAGAUUCUUUUCCUAAUGGUCUGUGAAAUAAACAAUAUCCUACUAUAUGAAUAGUUAUUCAUAAAAUAUAUAUAUAGAAUAUAUAGGCAAGGCUGUAUAUUGGAAUCUAAGGUGGUAGGUUGGUGUUUCUUUUGUUGUAAAAGGCAUAUAUUAUGACUCUAGUCUUGCAAUACAACAUACAUGCUGAGCUAACUUAGGUGGGAGUACCUGUAUGAUUAGGUUUUGCACAGUGAUAAUUUUUUAGCCAGAAUAGGUGAUGCACUGUUCUGAAACUACAGCUCCUUUGUGGUGCUUCCAUGUUUCAAGAUUUUGUUUGAAAAAAUGAUUUAUUUAUAGGCUAGGAACUGGCCGUACUGAAAUCCUUUUUUUAAUAUUUUUUUUAUGCCUGUAGACUCAGAAGAAGUUCUGAGUCUACUGCAAUCAGUGUAACCAGAAUUACCUCCUAUGUGAACAUACUCCAAAGAUCAUCAAGUCAGAGGCAAGGUAUCAUGGGGUUUUAAGGUAUUGAGAUCUGGCUUUGUACUGGAGACACACUUUUUAAUCUGAAAACUAACCCUAGCAGCUUUCUGCUCCUGUGGAUGAAACUCAGAUCUGUGUCUGAAGUCUAGACAUUACAAUUCAUAGCUUCUCAAGAGCAAUUCCUGUGCUUUUAUCUGACAAAUUGUUGAAUGUACCAGUUAGAGGUGCUUUUCAUUUCCCUAUUUGGACACUAUCCCUAUUAGAAUGUAGUUGCACAUGCAUAUAUUCAGAUACCACCUUUCAAUUAAUCCAAAUACUGGAUCCCAAAACUAGGUAGUCAGUGUAAUAUUCUGUGGUAAACCUGGGUUUCAGACUUUUUACUGUGCUUCUAUGAGAGAGCUCGAGCCAGAUCUUUUGUUUGGACCUGUUCUUCCUUCCAGGUCUGCUGUUCUUACAUUGUCUUCCGCUGUCUUUGUGCUUACAUAUACCCCAAGGUGGCUCUGACACAGAUCUCUUCAUAUAGGAACCUGAUUAAAGUAAAUAGCAGAAUGUUAACCCUGGUGAGCAGAGUAAAUUUUUUCCCUCCCCACCCUGAAAUUUAGUGAACUGAGAGGAGGGAGGCCUGGGGUUAGGAUGAGACUUGGCUGAGGGAGGGAAUGAGGAGCAAGUAAUUUUUUUCAUUACAAGCAACCUGUUAAUUCCACUCAGCCAUAACAUUAAAUUGCCCCCUAACUCCUUUCCCAUUCAGAAAGUCCAAUGCAUUGGCUGGUUGGAUGCACUGAGGAUUCUCAGGCUCACAAGUGAGUGAGCAAGAGUUUGUGCUUGAGGAAGAUGAGUCAUACCCACAUAGAUCCUUGUACCUCUGUACUAUUGCUACCCUUUGACUAACCAGAGGUUUUUCUCUAAGACAAGGAAACCUGGGAGAGUGGUAGUUUACUUUCUCCACCCUGUGGAAGCAAGCUGACACUAGAGGCUGCCACCUGAAAACAGAGAACCCCUUGACAAGGGCUUGGUCUCAGUGGAGCUGUGCUGUAAGCCCAGGUGAGGGUUUAGUGUCCUAAUGUGGAAACAGCUGCAGCAGUGAGCAGGUACACAUUCUAAUCUUGAUGAAUACUACAAAUAUAGCAUAUACUGUAGACAUGUAUUGCAUAGUUACUGCUCAAAAUACCAACCUUAGGAGCAGGACAUACUGAGAAUCAGCCUUGCAGUGUGGCCUGGCUCCACAGGAGCUGUAGGCUGUGUCACAAAGAGCUUGUCAUCACAGCUGCUUGGCUUGCUCUAUGGAGCCAGUGCUCUGCUGCUUAAUGUACCCACAUGUAAAGGAGGAAUGGCUGUCAAGCUCAUUUUGACUAACUACUUGUUCAAAAAAACCUGGGUUUUUCCUGUUUCAUGCCUCCUUUGCAGUGUGGCUGCUGAAGCUGGCAGCUUGUCCACAGUGCUAACUUCAGCUUACUGCUGAGCCAGCUCUGAGUAGAGCUUAAGUUUCAUAUCAGCUUGUCCCUCAAGGAAGCUCAGCCUUUACCCUUUGACUAAUCUGCCACUAAUAUACCUGGUGUGUGGCUAGAAGCUUAUUACCAAGCAUUUGAUAGUGCAGUUCUUACCCAUCUGCACAGCAGUUAAAGGGUUAUAAUGGUAUGAAAACAUGCAGCCAGCAGUACUGUAGCUUUCCAUUAACCUCUACACUCUAGAACAGCUACAGUCUUCUAAAUUUCAAGUGGGCAGUCACUGUUUCUUAACAGUAAGUUUUACUACACACACACACACCUGUUCACAGAAGUCUCUGUUGGUUUUUUCCCUCUACAUGCCCUCUCUCUCUUUAUCAGGUUAGGGCAAUGUUCUGUUACCAAGGAUAACAAAAAAAUUCCAGAAUGAGGCAUCCUUGGGUUUGAGUCAUUUUAGCUUAAGACAAAACAUACUUAAGUUGAUAGAGAAGGAAUAUACAAACUUUAAAAAAAAAAACCACACAACUUUCUGUAAAGCAGGAAUCAUUCAAAGCAAAUACACUUAAAAGUCACCAGCACUAACUAGAGAGUUUCUUGCAGUAAAAAAAAACCUCAUCUAAAUUAUGACCAGAAAUCAGAUUAUCUAUCAAAAUAAAUAUGGUUGUUUAAACUACUGGCAAUUUCUUUGGGUUUUGUUUUGGGUUUUUUUUACGAAGUAUAUUUUAAAUUAAUUUGAGAAUAUAUUUUAAUUCUAGAAUCCUUGCUUGUAAAAGGAUCAUUUUUAAAAAUGGUUUGUAAAAUAGUGAAGAUUACAUUAAAAGUCUUAUAAUGAAAAUACAAUAAAUUGCUUUCUCUUA